UUAAUCUUCAGGAAACCUGGACAUUCACUAAAAAUAGAUGAUAAAGAAUGUCUCAAUUUUGCCACCUUCAACUUCCUUGGUUUUGUGGGAAAUGAAAAAAUAGAGGUAUUCUGCUAGUUUUCAAUACUGUUAGUAAUCAUGAAGUACUAAGAAGAGGGAAAGUUUUCUGUUGGUCGUAAGCCUCAAAUUAAUAUCCACUUACAAAUUCUCCAAAUUGAUCUCUUCACAUUUCCUUCAAAAAUAAGUAGAAAGAAUUCAAUAAAAGAUCAAAACAUUUUCCCUUUGAUGAUCAUUUCAUUAAUUCUCAUAACUAAAUUCUCUCGAUGAUCCCUUCAUAUUGUUAGGAGAAAAUUGUUGUCGGUAGAGCAUAAUGUGUUAAUUCACCCAACUUCUAAGAUAGGGGCCAGGGUACUACUCUGUCAUCCCACGUUGCUCUCGUUUAGUUUCCUUGUCAUUCUGUAACAAGAAUCAGUAACAUUAAAGCCAUGUACUUGUGAAAUGGAUGAACUCCUAUCUAGUCGGUCUGUCAGGACGUAAAGGGUUAUAUUAUUGGGGCAGGAGGUAGUAUGGCUGAGCUAAGUAAUCAAGCACAUGUAUUACACUUGCAAUCUGGAGACCCUAGUUAAAGUUCCUCACAAUCAUCUUAUUUUUACCCAUCCUUAUUUGAUUUUUUAAGGACACAGCCAUCAAAAGCCUCCAUCGUUAUGGUGUAGGUUCAUGUGGACCCCGGGGAUUCUAUGGUACAAUAGGUAAGUCCAUUUGAUGAAGACAUUGCGUGAUCUCUUGUUUAAAGAUAAAUAAUCCUUAUGAUUAUUUGACUCGGAAAAAAAAUAUUGCCUUGCAAUCAGUAAAACCUAAGAUGCUUUUUUGAACCAAGAGGAAAUGAGUUGGCUAGAAUUUUAUUUGAUAAUUUUAUGGUUUUAUUUAUUUAUUUGUAACAUGUUUUUGCUGGUUGCCAGUACUGAAUACUACAACACUCCAAAACAUUAAAAAUAUAAUUUUUACUAAUAAAUUUUAAAAAUGAUCACUUAAAAUGCUGGCCAAUAAUUCAUUUACUUUUGGUUAAAAGAAAGCACUCAACAAUACUAACUUUUUCCAGGGCUGAGCUCUAGUAAAACCUGGUGGCCCCUGGCACCCAACUUUUGCUCUUGGGCGACUAGAAAAUCUCAUUUUUUUCGUGCAAAUCACAUGCUGGGCACCUUAGAUUGUACAGGCUGUAGAGCACUGUGCUCUCCUCAAUUUUCCUUAGAGCACAGCCUUGUAUUCAUUAUAGAGGGACUGUGUAGCAGUUUGUUUUCUUUGAACUGUGGUCCUUGUUUAUCUCUUUUUUCAGAUGUACAUUUGGAGUUAGAAGAAAGAUUGGCCAAGUUCAUGAGAACAGAAGAGGCAAUUCUUUAUUCCUAUGGAUUUUCCACAAUAGCCAGCGUAAUUCCUGCUUAUUCCAAAAGAGGGGAUGUUAUUUUCUGGUAAGAGAUAUAGAAGAAUACAGUAAAAACCUAUGUGGGGAAGUUAUUUGCAGUUUAUGUUAGUAGGUUCUUAAUUUCUGUGAAGGAGGUAUAGUAGUUGGCUACCAGAAAAGUAAAAUAAUAAAUUUGGCUUUGGUCCUUAAAUAUACGGUGGUUAUCCACAGUUGUAUUGUGAUAAGGUUAACUAAACUGAUUGCAGAAUGUAUAUAUAAUAUCAAAUUCAAACUCCUUGCUUAAAAUUUGUAUCAUAAUUUAACUGUAACCUGCAUAUAAAGAAAGUUUUACAACUCAAUUGUAAAACGCAGUUAAUGGAGCGUGACGCCCUCACUCAACAACAUGUAACGCAGUGUUAUGCUAUAGCCCUUAUCAAAUCUCGUAGAAGUUUACUCGUGGUGGGUAAAACUACUGGGUAGUACGUAAAAUCACGGCUAUAGCUGGGAAACUACUGAUACAAUAGCAAUCCUUGUUUUUGUUGCAGUUGAGGCUAGUUUCUGAUGUAUCGCUCGUUUUGUAUGGCUAGUAAAAAUAAUUUUCCUCAUGCAUAUCUCGUGGAGCACUUUAGGUGCACGUUCUGUUCUGUAGUACAGUAUUUUUCAUUGGCUUACCUUGUGAUAGCACUCGGACUAUAAAAGGCCUAGUAAAAGUCCUGUGCCUCAUUCCGAGCUGUAUUGCGAAGUUGGUUACUUCAACCGUCCUAAAGUUUUGUAAUUCCCACCCUUCCCUCCCUUUGGAGGCUUUGUUGCGGUUCCCAAUAAACACGGGCUCACCGCUUUCUUUCGCUUUCGGUUUAAGUCUCACGGCGACUUCCCCAAGCUUUGAUUUUAACGCAAACUUUUAUAUUUGAUUGUAUUCCAGCACGUGCCGGCGGAGUCGGCUCGUAGUGCUGAUAAGAUAAAGUUCCCAGAACAAAAUAUUUGCCUACACCGUUCCAUUAAGUUGCACGAUGCUGGCCGGAGGUUUCAGCUCGUAGUGCCGUGGAGUGUUAGGCCGUAUUAAGUUUGUUUCUUUCGGACCUACCUGAACUUGUCCGAUCCGGCGCGUGUAAAUUAGCGCCGGGGAGAUAAGUAAGGCUUUAUGGUCACGCUAUGGAAGUCGUCCACCACGCCGAUCGCGGAGCGGUGUUCCCCCCAUUACGCCAUCUGUUUGUUGUCUUAUUUUAUUACAGUUAUUGUAAAGUCUAGCGAAAGGAACUACGACAUUAACAACCUCUCGACCUUGCUUGGCUAAACAGCUUCUUAUAUUUUUGGGUAUAAAAAAGGCAAAUUUCUGCCACCAGGUUGUUAAACCACUACUGAAUGAUAUAUGAGGCCCUGCCAGGGUAAAUUCCGACAAGCGACAUGGCCCAAAAAGUAGCAAUAGCGCAUAAAAAGAAAUCGCAACAAGAGACAACCUCCCUCAGCCAAAUUGCGACAGUGACGGCAAAGCCGACAAUAAACGACAAGCAUUUAUAAACACUGACACGAGACGUUUUAAAAUUCAGAUGGGCAACAUGGCACCCUCCCCUAUAUUAUAGAGUUAUAAGAUAUUUUGUCUGUAAAAUUUCAACGUUCCUUGUUCUCUUUUUCUCAUAGUGACAAAGGAGUUUCUUUUGCAAUUCAAAAAGGGCUUGUAGCUUCGCGGAGCCGUAUAAUGUGGUUUGAACAUAAUGACAUGGAUGACCUGGAAAGGCUUUUGUUGGAACAGAAAGAAAAAGAUGACAAGGUUUGAAUACACAACUUACAAUGAAAACUGGUUUUGUUUUGCUCUUUAGUCUUUGUCAAGCUUCUUCAUCAAGCUAACUUUUAUGGCCCUUUUCUUUUUUGCUGUUCUUGUUGUUGUAGAAUCCCAAGAAAGCAUGUGUGACAAGAAGAUUCUUGGUUGUAGAGGGAAUUUAUGUCAAUUAUGGUGAUAUUGCACCACUUGCUAAACUAGUAAGUUAAUAGUUUUAUCACUGACUUUAUUGUCAGAUCAGGCCGCAGGGGCGGAUGUAGGGGGAGGGUGCAGGGGGUGUGUAUUCUGCAAAACAAAAAACUAUGUGGUUUAUUGGUGUUGAAGUAGAGCAAGAGACGAGUGCACCCCCUCCUAAAAAAAAUCCUGGAUCCGCCCCUGGGCCAUGUGUUGAUUAAAUCAGCUGCAGUGUAGAAAGUGUGUAGAAAAGACUGUCCUAAUUAGAGGGAUCAAAACCUAGAGUUAUUGGUGUAGAUUAGACAGUAAAUGACUACCUUAUUACAGGAAAUUAAUGCUCCUUGAAAUUAAGGUAUUGGAAAUUAGUGUGACUAAAAUACGCAAAUUAAGUGGGAAACGUCUUUCAAAUAAAGGAAGUUACCGUAAAAGAGACGGUAACACACUAAAAUGAAGGAAAUUAAUGCAAUGUUCGUGAAGAAAAAAAACUUGUUGAGACAGCGGGAACAAAGUUAAACACAUAAUCUGAAAUGGAAACUUUGUUUGUGGUUUUUACCCUAAAUGUAGGAAGGGGAUCAAGCUAAGAAAUCUGGCCACUUUGAGGGGUCUUGACAGUAACUGUUUCUCUGCUACUAACAGAUCUCCACCCGGAUAAAAUGCUUUUUGUUCUAUUAGGUGUCAAGAUAGCCAGCGCACAGACGCAAUUAAGCUCUAGUUAACUCCAUAUGGUACUAAUCAGAGUUUAGUUAUCAUCUGCACGCAGGCUAGUGUCAAGUAUGUUAGAAGUGUAUCGAGAAUUUGAGGUCAAAAUAUUGGAAAUUAAGGUUGCGGAAAUUAACACUCCAUUUAAUUAACGAUGCUGAAAUUAACAUUUACAAAAAUUAACAUGACUUAAAUUAAUGCGAAUUUCUCAUGUUAAUUUCAUGAAGUAGUUAUUUCCUAUAAUACUUGGUACUUUAGUAGUAAAUGACAAUUUAAAUUAAGCUCUCAAUUUCCAUAAUUUGUAAAGGUAACUUAAAAUACGGCUUAGGUUGAAUCUCUUGAAGCUCAGGGAAAAGGACCAACAAACAGGAGGAAAGUAAAAGGGGGACUGAAAAGCCAGUGUAAUAGGGAAACAAGUAAAGAGGCAAAAAAUUAAAUAAAAUGGGUUCAGUAGUUUUUCAGAGCCUGUUGGGUAGGACAGAUUGAGGUAAAAUAGAUGUAACUGUUGUUUAGGAAAGUUUUCACCUGUGAUACAAUUCCAUUUAGAGCUUACAAGGAAUUUAACCGUCAUGUUCACUUCUCUAGAUUGAGCUUAAAUACAAAUACAAAGUGCGAAUUAUUAUUGACGAAAGUGCAUCGUUUGGAGUUCUUGGUCAAACUGGAAGAGGAUUAACAGAACACUUUGAUAUCCCAGUAAGUUGAAAUUGCUUAAGACUAAGACUAAUGUGAUUUGUGUCGAAUGAAACAAAGAAUAGUUAAAGACUCUUUUUUUGGAGUUUAGUUCACAUUGAAGUUGUGAGCCAACCCAGUCAAAAUGAGCUGGAAGCCGGCAAUUUUCCCACUUUUAGUAACAUAAUUUAUUAUUUGCUGCCUACUUGACACUUGGGUCUGAUAAGAUUAAAUAAUAGCCGCACAAGUGUUGCCGCCUGCUACUAUGGUUGUCCUGCCUACUACUGUAAAACAUUUUGACUGGGCUAUUGAGCAAAGCAGUGGGGGUAAAGGAGUGUUGCGACAGCAAUAUUAUUUUCUGGUGUCAUUGGUGACUUGGCUUUACCUUAAAAAAAAAGCCUGCUUUUGGAUCGAUAACACACAUUUUUAUCCUUUUUCACCAGAUAAAAGAUGUUGACUUGAUAUCUGUUUCAAUGGAGAACUCUUUAGCAACUAUUGGAGGAUUCUGCUGUGGAACAUCAUUUGUUGUUGACCAUCAGGUGUGGUGUAUUCAAAAAAAUCCUUGCUUGUAUUCCUGUAGUGGCUGUAUUGCCACAACUAUUUCAGCCCUUUGGCUCCUACUGUACCCAGGGUGCUAGAGAUUCUUCAUGCUGUUGCACGGUUUCCAGUUUUAGACAAUGUUGUUUAUGGUGUUGCAGUAUUGAGUUUCUUUUUCAAGACUCAGAGAUAUUUUGGUAAUUUUUGUAUGUGCGGUAUUGCAAUAUCAUCUAGCUCUGCGGUAUGCUGUUUUUCAUUCUUUUAGCCUGCGAGCAAGCUUUCUUAUUUGGGCGAGUGAAGCGAGUCUCACAAGAACACGCGAGCGAGCGGCGAAGACACGAGGGGCCCCUCACUCAUGCGUUCUUACAAGGCUCUCUUCGCUUGCCCAAAUAGGAGAGCUUGCUCGCAGGCUACAUCCUUUUGGCAGACUGUAAGAGAAGAUCGUUCAUAUUCAUUUGCACUAUCCUAUCUAAUACAGACCAUAAUGCACCUUGUUUACCCCCAAAAUUUUCAUAACUAUUGUCUUCGAUUUCUCCCAGGACAAAUGUAAUACCCAGGAGAAAUUGGAAGCAAUGUUUGUGUAAAAUUUUGGGGCGUAAACAAGGUGCAUUAUUGUCUUGGUGAAAAUGUUCAAUCUUCCACAGUGCAUAUUGUAGAUCUACACUGUGUGAAUAGAUAAUUGAGGGGUGGAUGAUAAAAGACCCAAAGUAACUCUUGAUCUGUUGUCAAAUUUUCCCUUUUACAGAGACUCUCAGGGGCAGGAUAUUGUUUCUCCGCGUCAUUACCUCCAAUGCUGGCAUCUGCAGCGAUUGAAGCAUUGAAUAUUAUUGAACAAAAGCCAGGUAAGAAUUAUUUUUUUACAUCUGCAGUGAUUUUGUUACCUCUGCGUCCUGCAUCCCUGGCGCUUAAAAAUCCCCAAAGAUGCAGAAUAAUUCAUGGCAUGCAUCCCGAAGGAUACAAAGAAGUCGAAUGAUCGAUCGAUUUGAUGACUUUUUGCAUGGUAGAAAAGAAUGAUUUCUGUGGCUGUUGUUUAAAGAUGCAUGUUUACUUACGUCUUUUUUGUGCUCUAAAUAUUUAGAAGGACUAUAUUUUAAUUUCAGUAAACUGUAGUAAAGAGUUUUAGCAUCGUUCUCCAGAUUAACUGACUUGUUACAAGAUGAGUCGCAGGACUCACCAUAACUAUUUGUAACAAAAUCACUAUCAUCUGUUAGAAAGCGAUGAUUAUAGCAAAUGUACCCCAAGCUCAUGAGUGAAAAUCGUUGAUGCGUAACAGAAAUUUUAUUAAAUCGAAAUAUUAAAUAUUAAUCUCAAAUUAUUAAUUAUUAUUAUUAUUAAUUGCCCUGAAAAGGCCGAAAAUGCUGACAACACAUCAUACAUAAAACAGGGAGGCAAUAUUUUGCUAUUUUUGAGCCCUAAAUAACGAUCGCUAAAAUCCCCAUAUAAAAACUCUUGCAAUAGUUCUGUUACGCAACAGCGAUUUUCACUCGUGAGGUCAGUGAACCUGUGAUUAGAGCCGUUGCAUAUCUCUCUGGCAUGAGCAAGGCCUUGUUCAAAUGUUAAUGUUUGGUUACGUUUCAGAAAUGUUUGAGGAGCUUCAAGAGAAAGCCAAACUAUUUCGUGCAGAGCUUGAAGGGUAUGUUUUUUUAAAACUUGCAUCAGAGAUUUGUAAAAGCAUGUUGAAGUUUUUCACAAUUUAUUGGAACUUAAUAUUUUGUUAGUAGUAACUAGUAUGUUAGUUGAGCACAAAUGUUAUCAUACUGUGCAUGAGAAUAGUCAUAUCAAGAGGUUUUGCAGUUUAAUGCAAUUUAUCUGGUUGACAAAGCGCGAACGUCAUGAGAGGUCGGCAGUUGUUGAGUCCUCAUCACAGCUCAUGCUCAGGUUUUGAUUUUUUGAUCAUUCAUUGUAUUAAGUAUUUCCUUCUAUCUCUUGAGAAAAGAGCCGACAUUUCGCCACAUCAACACCGGUUUUCCCGCGAAAUGACGUCUCACGAACGAGCACAGAAAUUCCUUACUGAUGACGUGUCACUACCCAGAUCUGGAUAGUGCUUCUGAUUGGUUGGAAAUAUGCUGCAUGCAAUCAGAAGCACUACCCAGAUCUGGUAGUGACGUGUCAUCAGUAUGGAAUUUCUGCGCGCGUUUCUCAGACGUCUUUUCGCGGGGAAACCAGUGGUAAUCUCCAAAUGUCGGCUGUUUUCUCAGGCUAGUUCCUCUAGUGCAUUAUGGUCUCUUAUUUUUGUAGUUUGUUUUCGUACGGUGUGAAACAAAAAUCAAUUCAAUUUUUGUCUUGGUUUUAGACUCAAAGGCCUUUUGUGUGAAGGAUCAAAGGAGUCGCCUAUUGUACACUUGAGGCUUCUGGAGCCUCAUGAAACGUUUGAAGAAGACGAAGAAAAACUGAAAGAAGUUGUUGCCUUAGUAAGUUGUUUGUGUUGUUUGUCCCACUUGUUUGUUGAUGGAAAAUGUUCGCUCUAAGACAACGGCCACGGCUACGAAAACGUCACUUAAAAAGUGAAUUCGAGCAACUUUAAACUUUAUCGCGCUAUGUUCUGUUCCACAAUUUUAAAAGUAGUUCUCUUUGAAAUUUCUUCAUGUUAGUAACAUUCUUUUCUCGUUUAAUGUAAAGGCUCUACAGAAUGGUAUAGCGCUGACAAUUGCAAGAUAUCUCAAAAACGACGAGAAAUUCCUACCUCCUCCAAGGUAAAGGUUGAUAUGAUAUAAAUUUCUACGUACAAUGAGCCGUUGUUUUUGUUGUUGAUUACCUUUUUCUUGUAUUUUUCCCCUUAGUUUACUUGCUCUAAUUAGCUAAAGUACCUCUUAUUUACAGGAAUGUGAAAUAAAGUUGUAAUUUUUUGUACUUUUGGUAACAUUAUGCGAGUUUUCUUGAAACGCCAUUAAAAAAUUGUAUUUAAUGUACAAAAAAUACAACCUAGUUUUAUUUUGGAUUGAUAAGAUAAUCAAAAAGUUUUCCAGAUGUACUCCUAAUGGAUAAUGUGAGAAUUUGUAUUCUUUUUUUUUUUUUCAGUAUCAGAGCAACUCUUAAUGUUCAACUUACGAACGAAGAAAUCAAACAUGGGGCUCAAGUCAUCAAGCAAGCUGCUGAAAGUAUAUUUGGAUAGAGUGAAUCAGUGACUCGGAAUCAAGUUGUAUAAACACAAUAGCUGAUAACAAGUAAUUUCGUUGAUGAGACGUCAUCGAACGUCCUCGAAGAUUGUUUUAAAUGUUUAGAUUUACGUGUGAGGGCUGUUUACAUGGAGGGAGGAAGCAAAGUUAAAAUUCCAUAACUACGAGAAGGCAUAAAUAUAUUCAAAUAUAAAAACGGAAUAAUUGUGAAAGAAAAUGUCAUUGCGUAUAAAGAAGACUUAUCUGUUAAAGCAUUUUUUUUUGUAAUCCACUUUCUUUAUAAGUUAAGGAGAGCCAUCAGUUUUAACAAAUAUAGAAAGUGUUCAAUAUUUGGAGUUUCCUACAAAUAAACUCGAGAGUCGACUAAGAGUAAAUUUUAAAUGAGUGGGCAAUUUGUACCUGAGUGUCCCCGCGUUGUAUCUAUCUAACUAAAGUCAAAUUUGAUGUUAUCAGCUGUAAUAUAAACUUAGUGUUACGUGCAAAAACAAAACUGAAGCAAUUUGCCAGACGUUUUACUAAGAUGUGUACUCUCAUUUCACUUGAUUCGACCAAAAAUUUCAGGUUUUGGGUCUCUUGGGUCUCUUUCAUUUUUUCGCUCUCGUUCCAUUUUUCGCGCGGCCAAAACCGAAAAUCCCGUUUCUGGCCACGCAGGUUACAAACUCGAGGAGACGGCUGAAAUUCAAUGUUAAUAACCCUGAAGCGAAAAACUCCUCUGCUCUGUUCCAAUGCAGGAUUUUUUUAGAGAGUCAAUCAGAAUUUAUUUUCAAUUAUUGAAUUACUGAUACGCGCGAGAUUAUUGCGCGACUGGGAAAACCUUGUAUCGCGAUGUGAACGAAGUCUAAUAUGUUGUAGUACGUUCAUUCAAAAAUGCUGUAAUCAGUUUAUCUUGCUAGUUUUCAAAUUUAAAAUAUAAAGAUUCCAGUCCUAUGGUGUUGCUGGCGUAGAUAGAGGAUAAUUCUUACCAGGCAACGUGUAUAUGUUGUAGUUAAUUUUUUGUCUCAGUUAAUUUUGUUUUCUAACUGGUUAGUUUUUUUCUAACUAGUUAAUUUUUUUCUAACUCCUAUUUUUUUAACGCCCCAAAUUUGUCGCUUUCUGCACUAUAAUCUGAAUACCAAAGGAAAAAUCUAAUACAAAAGUACAGAAAAAUUUCCUGGCGACCAUUUUGGAAUAAGCUGUUUAGUGUUAAUCGUUUCUUGUCUAGCAUAGACUGAUUUAAAUUCUUUCACCAUUUAGCACAUACACGCUAAACCUUCUUGUCACAAAUUGAUGGAAAACUUGAGCGAUCAGCGGCUUCUGAUAAACCAACAAAACUCACGAUAUUUUUAAAUGGAGGUAAAUUAAUUUCAUUGUUUUGCAGCUUUGAAACAAUAAACAAAUUCCACCGGGCAAAUGCAAUGGCUAUUCGCCAUUUGUACAUCUCCAAUAAUACACCAGUUUUUCGUCUCAUUUCUCUUGGUACGACUGUAAUACCGAGGAGAAUUGAAAAACAAAGGUUAUGCAAAACUUUAGGGACAAACAAUGCGUCGUUUCCGAUGUGUACUCCAUAAGAGGGGCGGUGGACUGACUUGGCGUACACUCCAUCCAGGUCUUCGAGGUCGUGCUUGGUCAGUACAAGUUUGUUAUAAGAUU